AGUUGCUUCUCUUGUUUAGCAUGUUGAUGGCUAUCAAUUUCUAAGGUCUGACGGGCGUUGUGCUUGGACAAGGCGGGGUGGUAAUGUUGGGGUCGUGGGUGGUGGUGGCGGCCGUGGUGUUCUGGAGCUACACGGGCAACCUCACCUCCUUACUGGCGGUGAGAUACAUUCCACAACCCAUCCAGACUGUGAGGAUUCUACUUGACGAUCCUUCCGUGACUGUCAUCAGGGUUCCUAUGACUUAUUUUGCAGAAAGUAUAUCGAAAAUUGAAUCAGGAGAGUUGCGAGAACUACACGACCUGGAUAAAGUGGGUCGUGUGAUUUACGAGACUUCAGAUUUACAUUCAAUGGUUGAAAAUUACGUGCGUCUUGGCGGCUACUCCCUCAUAGAUGCUGUCUUUUCUAUUGAUCUCCUGAUGGCUGACAGCUUCCUCAAAACAAAAACGUGCGACUUUUACAAGUCAAAACAGACGAUGUUCUCUACUGGGACCCACGUGAUCAUGGAAAAGGGCAAUCCCUUGUUGCCAGCCGUCGACCACAGGAUAAGAGCGAUUGUGGAAUCCGGGUUGUUUGAGCACUGGAUGAACAACGAACUCCAUGCAUACCGCAGCAACUGCCAAUUCUCGCCCUCCAUCAUCUUGGUGAGGGAGCCGCUGUCCCUCGCCAACCUCUGGGUAAUUCGCUCGUCUCGGCCACGGUCGCAGUUUUGUUGGUUGAUGUAAAGUGUGAUACGUGAGUUUGACAGGUAAACUAGCUUAACAGGAGUCAGAUUAAUCAAGGCACUUACGACACUUGUUUGUAAAUCGUGCCGUCACUCGCUUUACAACAAACCCUCUAGUAAAGUCUUAUUGAUCAAGUGUUUAAUACAUCCCUUACCUUACCGAGAUGACCUGCCCCUAUAGACGAUAGCAAUCAUGGAAUGCCGCCUCUCUCUCUCUCUCUCUCUCUCUCUCUCUCUCUCUCUCUCUCUCUCUCUCUCUCAAACUCUCUCUCUCUCUCUCUCUCUCUGAUCAUCUGUAGCAGAUUUGCAGCCUUGCUUCCAUUUCCCACUGUUCUUGUCAUUCCAUACAUGCACUUUUCGCUUUGUCCGCCUCUUGCUCUUCUACCUGAGAUUCUUCGUCUUAAACUUAGGUCCUCUAUCUUUCCUCUUCUCAUUAC